AUGUCGGGUAACGGGCCAGGUUCUGCUGAUGACGAAGAGUCUUCGUCUUCUGAAGCUCACUCAAGCACUGCACAAACGCAACCUGGUCGAUCUGGGACUGGUCAGAGACAAGUUCGAGCAUUGAGAGGUGGCAGUCACACUUCGUCACAGGCCCGAGGACAGCAUGGGUCGUCAGGGCGCCUAGCACCUGGAGUUACUGGAAGAGGUAGCAAAACUCCUACUGGGCAUCCUCCUUCAAUUCUUCCUCCAGAAAAAGUGUUUCCUGUUCAAAUUGGAUCAGAAUUGUUUCGUUUGUCAGGCGCCUCAAUUUCGUCCGAUGCCCCAUCCUAUUUCACUCAAUUCUUUGAGGAGCAGAUUCGACAAAAUGAACAAUCUGGGGGUCACGUCAUCUUCAAGGUAAAGGCGGUCUGCAUUUAUAUAGAACUACAACUCACCCUUUUAGGCUAUUAUGUCAAGCCUCGAGACGGUGGUCACUUUGUAAAAUUAUUUGCAGACGCUCAAUUUUACAGUCUACCACGCCUCAUCGAUCAACUUUUCGAGUCAGAGAUCUUCAUACAAAUAGGCGAGCAACAUUUCCAAAUACCAAAAGACCUAUUCUCAGAUCCUGGCAACUCACCGAACUUCUUCUCGCUCGGCUUUGCGGUAUUCUUUUCUACGCCAGGAGAGGUCUUUCCAGGCGUGGAUCGGCGUGGACUGCUACGUCCACCUUCGAUUACACCUCCAUAUGUCCCCGGUCGAUCUGCCGCAACAUUUGCACAGUUGCUGCAUUUGCUAAGGGGUUAUCCCCUGCCUAUAACGAACGAGGUUCACCGAGAGGAAUUGCUGCGUGAUUGUCGAUACUUUCACUUAAGAGGUCUUGAGCAGAGAAUUAUUGCCCACGAUAUAAGCUACAACCUGGAACGACAGCAGAGCGAAAUUUGUUUGCGUAUAGAGGAUAUCAAGCCUUCUGGUAUCUCCUACAAGGCGGACAACGCGGAAAAUGAACAGGAUGUAAAAGGCGGUUGGGUCCAAUAUGCUCGGCCAUUCGUGGAUGAUGACCUUAAUGAACUCGUGGUCGAAAUUGGAGGCGAGACGACCGUCCUGGAUAUCGACGAUAUGCGACUGGAUUUCCACGGCCUGUCAAAAGCAAGGGUAUCAAGCCUCAUCCAAGUCGUUGCGAACAAGAUGAAUUUACCUACGAACGCACCGUUAGGUGCCAUGUUGCUACAAGGAGGAGAAGGUCCUGCUCGUGCCAGCCCUGGACACACCCCUCUGAGCCAAGAUAGAAUCAAAGUUCGAUUCGAGCGUGCAACCGACAUUUCGUUAGAUGGUGCGCGAUACGAGAUUGACCGGGCGUCACCACUAUUAGGACAAGACAUGAGUCAUGGUCGAGGUAGACUUGAUGACACUAGCGAAGACUCCGAUGCAAUGAGUGAAGACGUAUCAAACGUCUCAGUAUCUUUGCAGCAUUUCCGGCAAGAAAGCGUCCAAAACCCGCAGCUACAACCAGAACCGGAUCGCACACGAGCCUCGACACAGACUCGAGGUGCAUCGCAAGCCGGGCUUGAAUUAGGAACAAACACUUCGAGGAAGAGAAAGCGACACACAAUCCCACCCCCGUCCCAAGUGAACACAAACGGAAAAUGGGUGAUUCGAUGUGGUCAGUGGAGACUUCGGGUCCAGCAAAGUGAGCGCGACCCGGUACGUGGUGGGUAUGAGAUAAUAUUCAUAGCGGUCAAGAUAGAUGCCUUUUCUGAGGAGCGUGCUCGAAACGUUCGACGAAAGUUCCUGGGUGGUGGUGGCUGA